GAUGAUGACUCUCUGCGUCAACAUCAUCACUCUCGGUCGCUCGGAACCCUUCGAGCACGCAAAACAAGGGAGACGACGGAACGCGGCCGGCAAAUGUGCUCACUCAACUCCACAUUCUGUGCUGAACCAAGCCGAUGAAGGCGUCGCCAUGGCAGAUUCAUGAAUCUCCCCGGUAACUCUACUUACCAGCGCAGGCACAGUUACGGAGGAGGAGAAGUUUACCCGCUGGGAAAGGUGAAACCUUGGCUACCUCGUGGCUCGCAGUGCCACUUGCACGCGCUUUCCCGGUUCCCGACAAAAAGUUUGAUGUGAAACCCUAGCCAUCUCCGCGCUGUUUGAUUGCUUUCUUCAAGUUGAGGGACCGGAUCCGGGGUCGGGAUGGGCAACUGUUGCCUUUCGCCGGAGGCCGUCACGCGGGAGGACGUCGGGAGCUUUCCUCGCUCGCACCACGAUCCCGGCGGCCGACCAGCCGCCGCCAAGAACCACCGCCACAGCAGCGGAGUACACUCCAAGCGGAUGACGGUGCUUGGAGGUGACGCCAGGCCGGUGUGCGGGAUCGAGGAGAAGUACGCGCUGGACCGCGAGCUCGGCCGCGGGGAGUUCGGGGUGACCUACCUCUGCAUGGAUCGCGGCACCGGGGAGCUGCUCGCGUGCAAGUCGAUCUCGAAGCGGAAGCUGCGGACGGCGGUCGACUUGGAGGACGUGCGGCGGGAGGUCGCCAUAAUGCAGCACCUGCCGAGGAGCACCAGCAUCGUGAGCCUCCGGGAGGCUUGCGAGGAUGAUGGCGCCGUGCAUUUGGUCAUGGAGCUGUGCGAGGGUGGGGAGCUUUUCGACCGCAUUGUAGCGAGGGGCCACUACUCGGAGCGUGCCGCGGCAGUCGUUAUGAGGACCAUUGUUGAGGUCGUGCAGCUGUGCCAUCGCCACGGUGUGAUCCACCGCGACCUGAAGCCAGAAAAUUUCUUGUUUGCAAACAAGAAGGAGAAUUCGCCAUUGAAGGCCAUUGACUUUGGUUUGUCCAUUUUUUUCCAGCCUGGUGAAAGAUUUUCUGAGAUUGUUGGGAGCCCAUAUUACAUGGCUCCAGAAGUUCUAAAGAGGAAUUAUGGACCAGAGAUUGAUAUAUGGAGUGCUGGAGUUAUACUCUACAUCCUUCUGUGUGGAGUUCCUCCAUUUUGGGCUGAAACUGAACAGGGAGUUGCACAAGCCAUUCUUAGGGGCGCAAUUGAUUUCAAACGUGAACCAUGGCCUAGUAUUUCAGAUAGUGCUAAAAGUCUAAUUCGCCAGAUGUUGGAGCCUGAACCCAAGCUUCGGUUAACUGCAAAGCAAGUGCUUGAGCAUCCAUGGCUUCAAAAUGCAAAGACAGCCCCAAAUGUGCCUCUUGGUGAUGUUGUCAAGUCAAGGCUUAAACAAUUUUCAAGGAUGAAUAGAUUCAAAAGGAGAGCUUUAAGGGUUAUUGCUGAUCACUUAUCUACUGAAGAAGUUGAAGAUAUUAAAGAAAUGUUCAGAAUAAUGGACACCGACAAUGAUGGCAUUGUCUCCCAUGAUGAACUAAAAAAUGGGCUUGCUAAAUUUGGAUCGCACCUUGUAGAGUCUGAAGUGCAGAUGCUUAUUAAAGCUGUUGAUACAAACGGAAAAGGUGUACUAGAUUACGGUGAAUUUUUAGCUGUAUCGCUUCAUUUGCAAAGAAUGGCAAAUGAUGAGCAUCUCAGGAGGGCCUUUUCAUAUUUUGACAAAGAUGGGAAUGGCUUUAUCGAAGUCAAGGAGCUUCACCAGGCACUCGCGGAAGAUGGAGCUCCUGAUAGCAUGGACGUAGCAAAGGAUAUUCUGCAAGAAGUAGACACUGAUAAGGAUGGGAAAAUCAGCUACGAUGAAUUUGUGGCGAUGAUGAAGACCGGAACCGAUUGGAGGAAGGCUUCGCGGCACUAUUCGAGAGGAAGAUUCAACAGCCUGAGCGUCAAACUGAUGAAAGAUGGUUCCCUAAAUUCGAGCAGUGAUCAACAGUUGAGUUAAUCGCCCGAACUGUUGUUGCUGCCUUAACACUUCAUUCAUUCUGUUUUUGUUGGAUGGGAUUUGUUUUGACGCAACCCUUCGAUAUGUUUGCUGUGUAAUUAACUUCAAGCCAUAACGGUAGAUGUGCAGUCCGUAGAGUGCUUGUUGCUGUGUGCAAGUUCCACUCUGGUGUCUUUUUAGUUUUAUUCAAAGUUGUAACAUAAGGAAAGAUGUGGUAAAAAUCUAUUGCAUUAUUUUCGAGGUUGUUAGACGA